AGCACUAGCAAUACUUCCUUUUCAACUAAUCUAAUCAAUACUUUCUCAUCGAUCAAUGGCCAAAAAUGAAUGUUAUAAAUUAGUGGUAAUGAGUAUUUAUCUUAUGCUACUCAGCCAUGGCGUAAUUAUCAGCAUAGCAGAAGAUCAAGAAGCAAUCCACCAUCAUGAUCAUGAUCGUGAUAUACUCACAAUUGAUGAUCAGAUUAAUGAUGAUCCAUACAGAACUGCUUAUCACUUUCAACCACUUCAAAAUUGGAUGAAUGAUCCAAAUGGACCAAUGAUAUACAAGGGAAUAUAUCACCUUUUCUACCAAUACUACCCGGAGCCUGUUUGGCACACCCAGAUAAUAUGGGGACACUCCACAUCAACUGACCUUAUCAAUUGGACUCCACAACCAUUUGCCCUUUCUCCAUCCGAACCUUACGACUUUAACGGAUGUUGGUCCGGUUCUACCACAAUCCUACCCGGCAACAAACCCGCAAUUCUAUACACCGGAAUCGACAAACAAAAUCACCAAGUUCAAAAUCUAGCCUUACCCAAAGAUCUAUCUGACCCAUACCUAAAACAAUGGCUUAAAUCACCCCAUAAUCCCAUAAUAAUUGGAACACCCACAACCAAUGACUUGAUCAAUGCCUCUUCUUUUCGGGACCCGACAACAGCAUGGAUCUUACCCGAUGGAAAAUGGAGGGUAGCGGUGGGUACACAGCAAGAAAAACGCGGUUUAGCAGUACUAUUUACGAGUGAUGAUUUCUUGAAUUGGAAUGUUCUAGAACAUCCUCUACAUUCAGCGGAAGGUACUGGGAUUUGGGAGUGUCCGGAUUUCUUUCCUGUUUAUGUUGGAGAAUCAGAUGGGGAUGGAGCGGAUAUAUCGGUGAUUGGAAAGGAUGUUAAACAUGUUCUUAAAGUGAGCUUGUUUGAUACACAAUAUGAAUACUAUACAAUUGGAAAGUAUGAUAUUGUUAAGGAUGUUUAUAUACCUGAUGAAGGUUCUGUUGAAAGUGAUUUAGGAUUAAGGUAUGAUUAUGGUAAAUAUUAUGCGUCUAAAUCGUUUUUUGAUGGUAUGACUAAAAGAAGAAUCUUAUGGGGUUGGGUUAAUGAAUCUUCGACUCGAGCUGAUGAUAUCGAAAAGGGUUGGUCAGGUGUUCAGGCAAUUCCAAGAACGAUUGUGCUUGAUAAAUCCGGCAAACAGUUGGUGCAGUGGCCAAUAAAAGAAGUGGAGACACUAAGAGGAAAUCAAAUAGAGUUGGUUUCUCAAGUAAUUGAAGGAGGAUCUAUCGUUGAAGUAUCUGGAAUCACAGCCUCUCAGGCGGAUGUGGAGGUUUCAUUCAAAAUACCAGAGUUAAAGAACGUUGAGGAGUUGGAUCCAACAUGGACCAACCCACAAAUCUUGUGUAGUAGAAAAGGAGCAUCCAUUCAAGGAAAAGUUGGGCCAUUUGGGCUUUUAACAUUAGCUUCUACAGGCUUAGAAGAGUACACUGCUAUCUUUUUCAGAAUUUUCAAGGCCUCAAAUAAAUAUGUCGUCUUAAUGUGCACGGACCCAACAAGCUCUUCUCUUAAUCCAACUACCGAUAAACUAAGUUUUGGAACUUUUAUGGACGUGGACCCAAUAAACGAUGAGCUAUCUUUAAGGGUUUUGAUUGAUCAUUCCAUAUUGGAGAGCUUUGGAGGGAAAGGAAAAAGUUGCAUAACAGCAAGAGUAUAUCCAACAUUGGCAAUCAAUGAUAAAGCAAAGUUGUAUGCUUUCAAUAAUGGAACAGAAAAUGUUAAGAUUACAAAACUAAUUGCUUGGAGUAUGAACAAGGCUCAACUCAAUCUCCCUAUGUCAUCAUCUCACAACAAGGGAGAUAAAGAAGAGUUAUGAAUUAAUUAUCAUAAAAAGUUCAUAAUCAUACUUCACGACUAUUUUUUACCAUGAAAUUGUCUGAUUUUAAAUUGCGUUAUGUUUAAAACACUCAUAGAGAGUGCUAGCAUAUAUCAUAUAAUGUAUUAUCUCUCCAAAAGGAACAAAUUGGCUUGAGAAUCUUAAAUUAGUCUAAUGAUUAAUUGCUUUUCAUUUCA